CCUACCGCACGGACGAGGGGCAGCCAUGGGUCCUGCCGGUGGUGAAGAAGGUGGAGCAGAUGAUCGCCAACGACAGCAGCCUGAACCACGAGUACCUGCCCAUCCUGGGCCUGCCCGAGUUCCGGGCCAACGCCUCCCGCAUCGCCCUGGGUGACGACAGCCCCGCCAUCAAGGAGAACCGGAUUGGAAGUGUUCAGUCCUUGGGCGGGACAGGCGCUCUGCGAAUCGGCGCCGAGUUUCUGAGGCGGUGGUACAACGGGAACAACAACACAGCAACCCCGGUCUACAUCUCCGCUCCGUCCUGGGAGAACCACAACUCUGUGUUUGUGGAUGCUGGCUUUAAAGAUAUUAGAACCUACCACUACUGGGAUGCUGCCAAGAGGGGCCUGGAUCUCCAGGGAAUGCUGAAUGACAUGGAGCAAGCCCCGGAGUUCUCCAUUUUCAUCCUCCAUGCCUGUGCACACAACCCAACAGGCACAGACCCUACCCCUGACCAGUGGAAGCAGAUUGCUGCAGUUAUGAAGCGCCGGUUCCUGUUUCCGUUCUUCGACUCGGCGUACCAAGGUUUUGCCUCUGGCAGCCUGGACAAGGAUGCCUGGGCUGUGCGAUACUUUGUCUCCGAGGGCUUUGAGCUCUUCUGUGCACAGUCGUUUUCCAAGAACUUUGGGCUCUACAAUGAACGUGUGGGGAACCUGACUGUGGUGGGGAAGGACGCAGACAACGUGCAGCGUGUACUUUCCCAGAUGGAAAAGAUUGUGCGCACCACUUGGUCCAACCCUCCGUCCCAGGGAGCGCGCAUUGUGGCAACGACACUUUCUUCCCCGCAGCUCUUUGCUNNNNGGAAGGACAAUGUGAAGACGAUGGCAGAUCGAGUCUUGCUGAUGCGGUCAGAGCUCCGGUCUCGCCUGGAGUCCCUUGGGACCCCAGGCACCUGGAACCACAUCACAGAGCAGAUCGGCAUGUUUAGCUUCACAGGGUUGAACCCCAAGCAGGUGGAGUACAUGAUCAAGGAAAAACACAUCUACCUGAUGGCUAGUGGGCGCAUCAACAUGUGUGGCCUGACUACCAAGAACCUGGACUAUGUGGCCAAGUCCAUCCAUGAAGCUGUCACAAAAAUCCAAUGAAGCAAAUGAACAACCAAACUUACAUGAAGUCACCAAAGCUGUAGUGUGUAGUCUGUGUCUGUCCCUUCUCAUGGCUUGCCUUGUUCCACACCUCUUGGGGUUUAAUAAAGAUGGGGGCAGUAGCUCAAUCAGGGAUAAUCAUCUUUUGACCUUUUUGAAGUACCCCUUGCAAUGUGGUAAGCCAGUGCCCCCAGGAGGGUGGGGCAGCAUGAGCUGCCUUGGCUCUUGUUUGACUGACAGCAGCCUGUUCUUCAGGCACUUAGAGCUGCAUCUUUAGCACAUCCAAAUCAACUCCGUGUAACUGAUCAGUUUGGUCUAGGCAAAGUCCAGUGCCAGUGCAAUGCGCUGUGGGAUAACAGCCCAGUCAGUUGGGAUCUCGUACAGCUAGUGAACUAAUGUCACUCGGUAGUAUUCUGGGGAAGGGGGAAGCUGUUGCUGGCUUUUCCCCUCCCUGAGUUCUGAGCCUUAUGCGAGCAAACAUUUGUAAUUGUGAUAAUUGCUUCUUUGUGUUGCUGACAGAAAAUUAAACCUCCAUCUCUGAACACU